AUAUUGCAUAAAAAAAUUGACCCUUUUAAUGGUUUUCUAAUCCACCGAAAACCAAAUAGUGCUGUGACUGAACCCUCUUUCCGCCUUUGGAUUUUAUUCUUCUCCUCCGUUGAUCGCAAAAUUCGCCUGCAAUGGCGGAGAUUUCGAUUCUUGGUUUAUGUUUUGUCGUGCUCUCAUGGCUUAUUUGUCACUGUUCUUGUCUUCAUGACUCUUAUUUGGAGAAUAAUGGUAGCUUCUUCACAGUUUCGAGCUUCAGGUACCCUAAAUCAGAGGUCAGGCCGUACGAUACGCGUUACAUAAGAGUUGAUUUGCCGCCAUGGUUCUCAUCAAUGAAUGUGGCAUUGGAAUCUGAUGUAGACAUCAGUGCAAACAGUGUAAUGAAGCUUCCUAAGAGCCUUCUUCCGGUUAUCUGCUUCAGAGACGGCAGUCCUCCUCUUCCGGAUGUCUCAAGCAAUUCUCUGAAAGGCUUAGCGUUGGAAAAGUUCUUCAAUGGAUCAUUCGAUGGUGGCGAUGAUAUUGAGAUUGCAGAACAGUGCUACCCGAUGCAGAAAAAUAUAUCGUUGAGAUUGACCAAUGAGCAGAUAUCUCCUGGAGCAUGGUAUGUCGGUCUUUUCAAUGGAAUUGGAGCUACAAGAACUCAGGGGAAAAUGAUUGUACGUUCCUCAGCAUAUUCAUUCAGCGCUAACAUUAGUGUGGAAGGUUGUAAAACAUCGACGAUGUGGGGUCCGUUCUGCAACCAGACCAUUUAUCCUCUUUCAUGUUCGCGGUCUGACAACCAGACUGGAAGCAUUGUUUCCUGUGUGGAUUCAUUUUCCAGUUCUUGUCUUGCCGGUGGUGAAACCAGGGCCUACUCUUUAGACAUAGAUGGAAUAGCUGAACAGUUAGUGAUUACAGCUUCCAAUAUGAAUUCAGAUUCCAUCGGUGGAAGUGGUAAUGGGUCUUCUCUCAUGAGUUAUGCACGUUAUGGAGCUAUUGCUUCGGAGACCAUGCAUGAUUAUGCCGGUGAUAUACAUAAAGCCCCGUUAGUCAUUAACUCACCAAAUGCUGGCCGAUGGUAUGUCGUUACCAGUUUUUCUGGGCAGCAAAAUCAGACCGAACUUGGAACGAAUUCCAGUUCACAAGUCUGCUAUUCUAUGAAUGCCAAAGUGGUAGGAUGCCCUGCAGGGAAAGCAGGCCCAAAUUGCGGACAGCAGAUCUACACGCUUCAGGCAGUCAUGGGGAAGGGGCUGGUUACACCUUUUGAAUCAUAUUAUAUGCCGAUAAGUGGCGCAUCAACCUCGGACUCCGGUAUGGGCUUCCAGCUUGAACCCAUUUCAAGCAACUUUUCAUCUAGUCCUGGGCUGGACAAUGGUACAUGGACAUACUUUCUCAUGAACAUCCCUCAAGGUGCUGCUGGUGGGCAUAUCCAUGUCAAAUUAACAUCAAAUUCCAAGAUACACCACCAAGUCUAUGUUAGAUAUGGUGGAUUGCCAUCUCUCGAUGAUUGGGAUUAUUAUUAUGUGAACCGGACGAGUUGCAGUGCCAGAAGCUCGAUGUUCUUCUCUUUGUAUAAUUCAAGCCGAGACAAGGUUGAUUUCUACAUCUUGAAUGCUCGAGAAGGAACUUGGGUUUUCGGGUUAAGGCAGCUCAAUGGCACUUCUUCCAGUGCUGCUAGAGGUUCAUCAACUCUUGUAUCGCUUUCUCUUGAGAGGUGCCCAAAAAGGUGUUCCUCUCAUGGGACAUGCCGAUACGCUUUUGAUGCGAGUGGAUUGACAUCUUACAGCUUUUGCUCGUGUGACCGAACCCAUGGAGGCUUUGACUGCGGCAUUGAAAUUGUAUCACAUCGAGGACAUAUAGUUCAGUCUAUUGCUCUGAUUGCAUCAAACGCUGCGGCUCUUUUGCCAGCCUACUGGGCUCUUCGGCAGAAAGACUUUGCAGAGUGGGUGUUGUUCACAUCUAGUGGAGUCUCUAGUGCACUGUAUCAUGCUUGCGAUGUUGGCACCUGGUGCGCGCUAAAUUACAACGUAUUGCAGUUCAUGGACUUUUGGCUCUCUUUCAUGGCUGUUGUGAGUACCUUUGUGUACUUAUCUACCAUUGAUGAAGCUUUUAAGAGGACAAUCCACACUGUUGUCGCCAUUCUUACAGCCCUACUUGCCUUAACUAAGGCAACCAGGGCAUCUAAUAUCGCUAUUGUAUUCGCGAUUGGAUUAUGUGGUCUCCUCGUUGGGUUCUUGAUGGAACUGUCUAUCAAGUAUAGAUCUUUCUGUGAGUCAGCGGGGUUUUCAUUGAGCAUGCUCAACAGGCCAUGGGCUGUCAAAGAAUGGUUCGGCAAUUCUAUCAGAAAGCUCAAGAAACGGUUACGUUGGGGCUUUGUUGUUGCCGGUCUUAUCACAUUUACCAUGGCAGCCAUUUCCUUUAAAGUGGAAACCAGUUCUAGCUACUGGAUUUGGCACAGCAUUUGGCAUGUCACCAUCUACACAUCUUCCUUCUUCUUCCUGUGUUCGAAGAUCACAACUGUAACUAAUGAGGACCAAGAACGCGGAGCUGUAAGCUAUGAGUUAACGAGACAGGACUCAUUGCCAAGACACGAAUAAAAGUACAAUAAAAGAUGGAGAGUUUUACUGGACGAUGGAUGCAGCAAACAAUGAAAUGGAUGCUUGAAGGCCUGUAGUUGUUGUGCAAUAUCUUGUCCUCUAUAGUAUUACACUGCCGCGUGCUCCCAUGGAAGCUGCCAAAGGCACAAAGGCACGAGCUUGGUUCAAUUGGGCAUCGCGC